AUGGCGGCGCUCUGUCCAGGUGUUCAGUAUGGGUUAUCCUCACAGCAAAAUUUCGGUGAAAAUAAGGACUUGAUAUUUGUGAAAUUGACCGAUUCGGCGUUACGUGCAAUUGAAGAAUACCUAAAAAAUCAGAUGAAACAUCUGCCCCGCCGACGGUCCAGAUUGCAUUUUCGAACUGUUAAUGCCUUGUUAUUCCUCUUAUGACGGCUCUCAAAGGUUCCUGCCCUGCCUCCGGUUGUCCAUGGGCGUACCAUUACAUUCUUAUUAGGGGUUAUAAAGGAUGUCCCAAAGCUAACGCAAGUUUUGAAAUAAAU